AUGGCGGAGGGGCGGAGGCAGGUGGUGCGGGAGGCAAUGGGGAGCAUUGAAGAGUGUGUGCUGGCGUGGGAAGAGGGGUGGAAGGAGGGGUGGGGGGGGGGGUUUGAUGUGGGAGCUGUCGAAGUGGAACAAAAGGAGGGGUGGGAGGGGGGGUUUGAUGUGGUGAAGGAGAUGGCGGAGGGGCGAAGGCAGGUGGUGCGGAAGACGAUGGGGAGCAUUGAAGAGUGUGUGCUGGCGUGGGAAGAGGUGAGGAUGGGAGGAGGUGAGGGUGGGAGGAGUUCCACGCCCUCACCAUCUCCUGGGAUGCGCUAUCAUCCCGAGCAGUGUGCGUGCGAGCUCCUUGCGUCCCUCCCUCAUUGCAUUCCCGCUCCGCCUUUCCUUUCUCUCCCCUCUCUCUCAGUUCCACGCCCUCACCAUCUCCUGGGAUGCGCCAUCACCCCGAGCAGUGUGCGUGCGAGCCCGCAUGGGACCCAGCGCAUGGGUGGGGGGAGGGCCGCGGGGAGACGGGAGAUUUGCCACGUUUCUCUCCCUGCUCUCUGCAUCAAGGUUGGUACCUCGUGCUGCUCAAAGUCAUUGUUGCUAUGCUUGCAAGCGCAGCAGUUUUGUGGGUGA